UGUUGUUACAGGUUUCUAUAUCGGCGCUUCCAACAGGGUAUCGAUCCAUUUUAUCUAAUGUUACACAUCGUCCUGUAUGGCCAUCACUUUGCUUCAACGAAAGCCCUGAACAGCACAAGUCCUUCACCAGAAGCUUGCAGUUGCACCGGAGUUCCUGCACCAAUGAACAGUACCUCACCAGUGAUCACAUUCAACGUCUUGUCGGCAUAUCUCACAGUCCCACUUCCCUCUGUUACAAUAGCUAAGCUGGGACCGUCGAUUGCCCCAUGUGUCUCGCUCUCACUCGGAGACAAGUUCAACCCCAAGACGGAGAAUUCUGGGAUGGCGGAUUGGUAUGUCAGUCCAGAGAUGAGGUUAGGGAUGUCGCGAAGUUUGGGCGUUAGACCUGCGCGGAUAACAUUGUCCGACGUUGCCAUGCACUCGAUGAUGUCUAGCCAAGGACCAGAAGUUAUGUUACUCUCCGUGACGCCACAGGAAAGAUGGGUAUAUGCUUACCGCCAGAGACGUAUGCAUGAGGCUCACCGGCGGCAAGGAAAAUUGCAUCACCGGGGUUCAUAGACACGUAGUUUAGGACGAAUGCACAGAAUACACCGAUAUCGCCAGGAAAUUGACUAUUCAAUCUCAAGAUGAGAUCCUUGACGGGCUUCUCCACCUCCUGUUCCGACCCUAGUUCAUA